AUUCCGUAAGCAGCAACGGAAAUUAGCAUCAAAAUGGCCGACCGCGUAGCGAACGUCACUAAUUAACGAUUUUUGUAGUGUUUAUUCCUUGUCGUUUUCUUUUUGUGUAGCUUCAUAGAAAUCUAAAUAUGUCAAUGAUAGCAAAGAAUCGAACGAAAAGUACUUGGACGCCGUUGAGUAAUGACGAAACAAAUAAUCAGAUAUUUGAAGAAAGAAAGGUGCUUAUAAACAAAUGGUUUGAAAAGUGGACACAUGAUCAGAGGAAGCAGAUUUUGGAGGACUUGAUUCACAAAUCUAAGAUACGUGAGAAAGGCUUUAUACGCGACUAUGUAAAGGAACACAUUCCAGCGCUGAAAAGAGACUUUACCCGGCAUGUGCCACGAGUUAUUUCAAUCUAUAUAUUCUCUUUCCUUGAUCCAAGAAGUCUCAGCAGAUGUUCACAGGUAUGUUGGCAUUGGAAAUAUUUGACUGAACUGGACCAGUUGUGGAUGCCGAAAUGUGUUAAACUGGGUUGGAACCUACCGAUAAUGCCUGGGCAGUAUGAAGUGGGUGUAUGGAAAAGGAAUUACAUUGAAAAUAUCAAAACACUUCAAAUUAUGUUCCCAAGAAAACAUGCCAAAUUAGAUCUGUCAAAGUUAAAGGACCACACAAGGAGACCGCCAAAGUCAGCUAAGCAGCCCAAAACAACACCAUGGCGAGGCUCAGAUCCCGUACCUAAGGACACAUGGAGAUACAAUGUACUGGAAAAUAAUGACGUCGUAGCUGAUGUGAAAACUCUACGAAAGAAGAAGUCCUACGCACCUGAGGGUAAAGAGAUAUCGAGACAUUCUAGAAGCAAGGUGAAAUCAGGACAACACAUUCACAACACAGAAGUCCGAAGAUCUCAGUCAUAUACUAAGCUUGUCAGCAGUUCACCAGAUCCUUUGAAUGAUUGGGGUGGAUUUAACACCCUGCCUGUUGAUAUGACAACUGGAGUUAUGCGCCCAGCACCUGUAUACUCACCACCACAUCCAGUACCAGCAAAGAGACCGCAGAUGUCUGCAAGAACACCAAGAGAUCCUCCAACAACAGACCUGUUUCCAAAACAACCAUGGAAUGUUCCACAAAAGGAUUCCGAUGAUGAACUUUGACCCCUGCAGAAAAUUUUCUAAACCAGUCUGUGAUUAUACUAGAAAAAAUACAGAAUAUAUAUAGACAAGUGUAGGAGGAAUUGAUUGUAUUAAAUGUGAACUUGGACACCUGCAGAAAACUUUGUAAAACAGAUUAUUAUUGUAGAAAAAAAUGUAGAAAUGGAAUUAGUUUAGUAAGUCUAGUCCAAGGUUAUAAAGCCAAGUUUGGAUGGAGACCAUUCUCAAAGCUCUGGUCUGUGAUUGGUUGAUUCUGAAUUAAAUUUUGAAAUUGACCAAUAGUAAUUGUUUUUUAACCUAGAACUAAACCUUAGAAAAGAAUCAGAAAAUGUUGUAUACAUUAUGUGGUCAUAUGUGACUCAGGAAUUCAGGUACAUUGUGUACUAAGUGCCUGAUUUCAAUCAGGCCUGUAUAUGUGUUGAAAAACUAUAAUAAAGUUUAUACAAGCUUUGUGAUGUAUUAGGAAUUGUUUCAAGCAUAAUACAUUGUACACGCAAACAUUUUUUUUACAGAAAUGCGAAAUGUCAGAAAUUGGGAUCAUAAAAGAGACUAAUUUUUGGAAGUUUCUUUUGAUUAGAUUUUUCAGUACAGUCUUGUAUCAAAAUAUAAAUGUUUUUUUUCUUUGUUCAUUGUGAGUUAAUUUCAUGGAUGACCACCUUACCAGAACUUUUUUAACUGCGCUGGUACAUUGUAUUUUUUUUUUUAUGUGCCCACCAUAAAAAUGGAAAUUGCAUAGUGUUACCCUUGUCUAUGUGUGUGUACAGAGUAUCUUGUCUGGUGAGUAAUUUUGUUGUAACAUGGUGGGAUUUUGAUAAAUCACAACACAAAAUGUCCAUCAUAAUAUGAUAGUUUCAGUGAGUUUGUCAUAUGCAAGAACCAAGUUGGCAGCUUCAAGGUCAAGGUCACAGUAAGCUUCUUAAGUUGAUUCAUUUUCCAUUAUAAUUUGUAUUGAUAAGUAGUCGUUUGUAUCCAAUCCAGAGCUUUGCAGUUCAUGUUGGAAAUUGGAAAUACAGAACAAUUCUGCAUUAUAGUUGGGUCAUUUGUUUCCUAUGGACUUAUUCUAGAAAUAGCUGUUGUACUGUGAUAUUUUACAUGUAUUUUAUGAGGUUUUAUGUCUGUAGUUUUAUAUUGAAAAUUUUUGAUGCAAAAUUGAUGUUGGAAUACUGAAGUCACAAAUACAGACAUCAUGAUUUCACUCAAAUUAAAAGGGACUGGACAUCCGAUGUUAGCUAAAAAUGAUCUUUCCUUAAAAUUUAAGUUUGGUCAUAUUAUGAAUAGAAUAUGAGUUAUUGUUUCUAUGUUAAAUCAAGAAAAGUGUGAGCCGGGAAUCGCGCUGGUUGCCUCUGCAAUAAAAACUUUCCAACUAUCUUGACAAAUACACUGCGGAGGAAUUUGUACAUCAGCUUUUAUAUAAAGCUUUAUAAUCGAGGCAGUUAACCUUUGGUACCCCGGUACAAAUACUUUUUAAUUUUGAAUGGAAAAGCUAGUAAAACAACUUAUUUGCAUGUGUUUCCAUAACAUAUAAUCUGUCAGUAACUAAGGUGUAAAGUCUUCUUUGGAAAUAUAGCCAUAGUUUCCUUUCAUUGAUGUCGUACAAUCUGGAGGUCAGUCCCUUUAAAGUAUUUAAUGACUUGAUUAGAAUUUACUUAGACAAGUUAUGAACUUUUUUAAACUUUUACUAUCAAGUACACGAAUUGCCAGUAAUAUAUAUUGGUAAUAGCAGGAACUGUACUCAUAAAUACUGAUUUUUGUAAAUAGCUUUAAUGCAAGUCAUAUAUGUUUCUGAUAACUUUUAUGUUUUAUUUAUAUAUUUUAAGUUAUUGUAAGAAUAUAGAAUAGAAGACAUAUUAAAGCUUGAAAGUUG